CCGUCCUGUUGUUCUACAUACACACCAAGCAUGGCGUCCUCAAUGUCACCGGCGCUCAGACAGGUUCUGAACCUUAGGAAAGCAGCCGUGCCAUUACUGCUGUCGACCAGGUCACUGAGCACUUCCACAUGGAGGUUGGCACAGAACCAAGCUCAAGACACGCACCUCAUUACCGUGGAUGAAAAAUUGGAUAUCACUUCCAUAACUGGAGUUCCGGAAGAGCAUAUCAAAACUAGGAAAGUCCACAUUUUUGUGCCUGCACGGAAUGCAAUGCAGUCUGGCGUGCAAAACACAAAGAAAUGGAAGAUGGAGUUUGAUACACGUGAGCGGUGGGAAAAUCCAUUAAUGGGCUGGGCUUCCACUGCCGAUCCUUUAUCCAAUAUGCUGCUGUCAUUCACCUCAAAAGAAGAUGCUAUUGCCUUUGCUGAAAAAAAUGGAUGGAGUUAUGAAGUUGAAGAGAAGAGGAUUCCAAAGCCAAAAUCCAAGUCUUAUGGUGCAAACUUUUCUUGGAACAAACGAACCAGAGUAUCCACAAAAUGAGUUAUUGGCCGUCCAUAAGUCUGACUAUGAACAAAGUCAGCUGUGCUAUAUUUAUAGAACAAGUAUAAUACAACUCUUAAUCUCCUAAUAAAUAUGACCUUUAAACUACAAA